AAAGAAGGUAACUAAUUUGGGAACUAGUCUCCGUAGGGGCUUUGCCUCCGACUCAGGGAGGCCGCACGCCCGGGACCUGACGCGCCGGCAACAAGCAGGCGGCCUGGCAGCCGCCCGUCACCGGGUCCUCGCAGCGCGUCCGUCGCGCUCCGGCUCCCCGCACGGAUCGGCGCCGCUCCGGCCCCGCACUCCGCCAGGCCCGCGGCCCGUCGCCCUCCAGCCUGGGCCAAAGUUGCGCAAAUAGCCCCACAACUGGCAAAUACUUACCGGCCGCAACAGGAACCAGAGCUGCGGAGAUUUUAGGGAGUUUAAGGCAAAUCAGCCGCGGGAAAGGCGGGCGGAGGCGAAGGGGCCGCGAGCUGCAGUGGCGGCGGCGCGCAGCGCUCGGCGCUCGGGCUGGGCUGCGCGGAGAGACUCUGGCUCUGCCAGGGACUGUGCUGCAACAAAGGACUUCCGCUGCCGCACAGCCGCGCCUGCCGCACCGCACUGAGCCGGCCCCGCUUACGCGGCGACUCCGGGUCUGCCCACCAGUUCGCUGCGGCGUCCGCCAGCCUUCCCCUCCCUCUCGCCCGCCCACCCACUCUGCCGCUGGCUGCUAGGGGCACCCGCGGUCGCCUGUUUGUUGCAACAAGUUUCUGCGUCGAGCUCCGAGGAGGCUGGCGCAACCCGCACCGCGGGGGCCGUCGCGGCGGCGGCGGCUUGACCACCCCUCUUGCCCCUCUCAAGGCUUGACCCAUCUUAUCACCGUCUUCUCUGGCACUCAGUAUUUGGAGUAAUCAGGUGUUACCAGUUGCGGAGGCAGCGCAUAGCACAACGUAGUACCUGGAACCUGACGGCACCUAGCAUGUUUCAACAGUUAGCGCCCGCAUCACCCCAAGGGAUUAAAUUUGGCAUUCUUUCUCUUGAGACUCAAGUCCUGGCAGAGCUGUUGAUCCUCUCACAAGAUUCUGUCAUAGAAGACACCAGGCCUGAAGAGCGUGAUGUAGCUGGAGCUAGCUACACCUCUUGAUAGCUAAGACUCCAAGGCUCCAGACACCUUGGUGAUUGCACUCUCCACCAUGCCAGGACCGCAGUGCCAGUUUACCCCACUCACCUGUAGAGAAUGUAUCCGGCGGAGGUCAUUAUAUAUACUUGGCUUGAUUCAGGUUAUGGAGAAGUCAGGCAUGGCCACUGUGUGGGUUUGAUAGUAUUUCUAGGUGAGAUGGAGUUUCACUCUUGUUGCCCAGACUGGAGUGCAAUGACACAAUCUCAGCUCACCACAACCUCUGCCUCCUGGGUUCAAGCGAUUCUCCCGCCUCAGCCUCCCGAGUAGCCGGGAUUAUAGAACCACAAUGGACACUGCCAGCCAUAGCCUUGUUCUCCUCCAGCAGCUGAACAUGCAGCGAGAAUUUGGUUUUCUGUGUGAUUGCACAGUUGCAAUUGGAGAUGUUUACUUCAAAGCCCACAGAGCGGUGCUUGCUGCUUUUUCUAACUAUUUCAAGAUGAUAUUUAUUCACCAAACAAGUGAAUGCAUAAAAAUACAACCAACUGACAUCCAACCUGACAUAUUCAGCUAUUUGUUGCACAUUAUGUACACGGGGAAAGGGCCAAAACAGAUUGUGGAUCAUAGUCGUUUGGAGGAAGGGAUUCGAUUUCUUCACGCCGACUACCUUUCUCACAUUGCAACUGAAAUGAAUCAAGUGUUCUCACCAGAGACUGUGCAGUCCUCAAAUUUAUAUGGCAUUCAGAUCUCAACAACCCAAAAAACAGUUGUCAAACAAGGACUGGAGGUCAAAGAAGCUCCUUCCAGUAACAGUGGAAACAGAGCUGCUGUCCAGGGUGACCACCCCCAGUUGCAGUUGUCUCUUGCUAUUGGUCUGGAUGAUGGCACUGCAGACCAGCAGAGGGCCUGUCCUGCCACCCAGGCCCUGGAGGAGCACCAGAAGCCCCCAGUUUCCAUCAAGCAGGAGAGAUGUGACCCAGAAUCUGUGAUCUCCCAGAGCCACCCCUCACCCUCAUCAGAGGUGACAGGCCCCACUUUUACUGAAAACAGUAUCAAAAUACACUUAUGCCAUUACUGUGGGGAACGUUUUGAUUCCCGUAGUAACCUAAGGCAACAUCUCCAUACACAUGUGUCUGGAUCCCUGCCAUUCGGUGUCCCUGCUUCCAUUCUGGAAAGUAAUGACCUUGGUGAAGUGCAUCCCCUUAAUGAAAACAGCGAGGCCCUUGAAUGCCGCAGGCUCAGCUCCUUCAUUGUUAAGGAGAAUGAACAGCAGCCAGACCACACCAACCGGGGUACCACAGAGCCUUUGCAGAUCAGUCAAGUAUCUUUGAUCUCCAAAGACACAGAGCCAGUAGAAUUAAACUGUAAUUUUUCUUUUUCAAGGAAAAGAAAAAUGAGCUGUACCAUCUGUGGUCAUAAAUUCCCUCGAAAGAGCCAAUUGUUGGAACACAUGUAUACACACAAAGGUAAAUCUUACAGAUAUAACCGAUGCCAAAGGUUUGGUAAUGCAUUGGCCCAGAGAUUUCAGCCAUACUGUGACAGCUGGUCUGAUGUCUCCCUGAAAAGUUCUCGCUUGUCACAAGAACACUUAGACUUGCCUUGUGCCUUAGAGUCAGAGCUCACACAAGAAAAUGUGGAUACUAUCCUAGUUGAGUAGCAGCUUCUCUUUCAGAAUUUUUAUACCAAUUCUGAAAAAGAAAAUUUGCGUGGCAUUUUUUAUUCAUAAAUUAUUUUCCUCCUCAAGUUUCAUUGACUUUUUUUCUUCACAGCUUAUGCAUGGUUUUAAGGUUGUAUAUAUUAGAUCUUCUCAUAAGACAUAUUAAUAUGUGGCUAUUAAAAUGUAACAUUCAAUUACUACUGUGAACUUUUCACAAACGAAAUAACAGUUUAGAAAUCAGAAAUCAAUGUAGAAAUAUGGAAACUUUAAAUAGUUAUUUAUAGAAUUUCUAAGUUUUUCCAGUUAUAGAAUCAGUAAAAUCAAAUUGAAUAUAAAGUAAAUGAAAUCUGUUUUAAAGCAUAUUCUAAACUAUCACUUCUGCCUACAUUUCACAUGAAUUCACUCCUACCAGGAUUAUUUUUAAAUAUUUUCUUCCAUAUAGGAAAUUAAUAGUUACUUUAAUGCAUAACUGUAUGUUAUACAUAUGUUAUAAUGUAUAAAAAUUUAUUUUAAGAUAUACCAAAUCAUGAGUAGUUUUAUUUUUUAACUACUAGCUCCACAACAUCUUACCUACAUGGCUUCUCUUUACUUUUUAACAUUGAGUAUACCUCUUUUUUUUUUUGAGACAGAGUCUCUCUGUGUCGCCCAGGCUGGGGCGCAGUGGCGCGAUCUCGGCUCACUGCAAGCUCUGCCUCCCGGGUUCACGCCAUUCUCCUGCCUCAGCCUCCCAAGUAGCUGGGACUACAGGCGCCCGCCACCACGCCCAGCUAAUUUUUUUGUAUUUUUUUAGUAGAGACGGGGUUUCACCGUGUUAGCCAGGAUGGUCUCGAUCUCCUGACCUCGUCAUCUGCCCGCCUUGGCCUCCCAAAGUGCUGGGAUUACAGAUGUGGUAUAUCUCAUUUUUAAUUAAAAAAACAGUUAAAGGGAGAAGAGUCAGAGAGACAUUAAAAAAUAUUUAAGAAACAGUAAGAUAUACACACAUAGAUAAAUAAGCAUGCAGAGACAGAGACUGAGCUAGAACUGCAUUGACUAAAAACCCCAGGGUUGUUAACUUGGUCUAGAGUGUUUUCUUAGACACCUUAAAAAGUAAUUUGAGAUUUUUAUGACCAGAGGUUUACAUGAGUUGAAAGAGAAUGAUGAUAAAAUAUAAAUCAUGUUUCU